GACGCCAUGUUGGUGUCUUAGCCACGCGGAUAAGCGGCGUGUUAUUUACCAUUGUUUCCUCCUUCACGUGUAUUAUUGAGAGUUUACUGGGCGAUCACAAGGUGAGGACGUACCUGGUGUGUGUUGAGGGAGAGUUAUGGCGUGAAGUGACGGUUAGAAGAAGCAAGAUGACGCAGUACCUUCCCCCAAACCUGCUGGCACUGUUUGCCCCGCGGGACCCCAUCCCCUACCUGCCCCCUGUGGACAAGCUCACCUGGGAGAAGCCCACGGAUGGAUACUCUGGAGUGGCCAGCUUCAUCACCAGGUUUGAGGACCCCAAGGACACACCACCUCCUACAAGAGUGGAAACGAGGGAGGAGCGGCUGGAGAGGAAGCGGAGGGAGAAGGCGGAACAGAUGCAGUACAAGCUGGAGCAGGAAAUAGCGCUCUGGGACCCUCACAACAACGAGGCCGCCACCUCUGACCCCUACAAGUCUCUUUUUGUUUCUCGCAUCAACUAUGACACUUCAGAAUCCAAGCUUAGGAGAGAGUUUGAGAUUUAUGGCCCUAUUAAGAAGAUCGUCAUGAUUCACAACGUCAAGACAGGGAAGCCUCGGGGAUAUGCCUUCAUCGAGUACGAACACGAGAGAGACAUGCACUCGGCUUACAAGCACGCAGAUGGCAAGAAAAUUGACAACCGCAGAGUGCUGGUGGACGUGGAGCGCGCCAGGACAGUUAAGGGCUGGCUGCCGCGACGCCUUGGUGGGGGACUCGGUGGCACCAGGAGAGGCGGGCCAGAUGUAAACAUCAAACACUCAGGCCGUGAGGAUGACCGGCGGAGAGGAAGCGGCAGGGAUGAGGAGCGUAUCCUUGACCGAGACCGAGACCGUUCAGACCGUGAGCGAGACAGGGAGAGGAGACAUUCCCGCAGCAGGGAGAGAGAAAGAGAGCCUAGAGAGAGGAGGAGGAGGUCUCGCAGCCGCGACCGUAAGAGGCGUCGCUCCCGUUCCCGCGAGCGAGGAGGAAUGCCAGAGGAAGGUGACGAGAGGGAGAAGAGACGUCACCGCUCCAGGUCUCGGGAUCGAAAGCGUCGCUCAAAAUCGAGAGAGAGGAAGCAUCGCAGGGACAGGGAUCGUGAGAGGAGGGAGAGAGGGCCAGGAGAGGAAGGCGAAGAGGGCAUAAAGAUCAAACAGGAGCCCGAGGAUGAUUACCCCGACUAUGGCAGCACCUACUACAACAACUAUCCCAUGAAGGAGGAGGACGAGCGCUUGGCCAAGAACGGCACCAAGUAUGAGGAGGAGGAGGAGGAGCCCCACAACGAGAUAGAUUAUUAGUCUUAUUGGAGUACUCUUAAGGGAGGGAGGGAAAAAAGCAGGUUAUCAGUCCCUUGGAGGAGCAUGACGGAGAGGACCAAGGCAAAUAAAUGCCUACUCCUUCAGUGUGUUUGGAGGUGGAGUGUUGCAUUGUGAGGAGCAGCAGUUCUCCCUUUGCCAGCCAAGGUGUAGGUUCCAGUAGGCAUUACACAGUGGUCUCUGUAGAUUAGGUUCCAUUACAUCACCUUUAUUGGUUCAUCGGUAAGUCUGUUGAUAGUACAAUAAUGGUCUGUGAGGUAGAGGCAGAAAGUCCUCUCGUGUUCAGAUUCUCUUUCUUUUGUUGCUGCUGCUGCUGCUGCUGCUGCUGCUGUUGCUUACUGAGGGAGAAGUGAAACCAGUGAUGCAGAACUGAUUACAGAGUUGAAAUCAUUAUAGCAUUAGUAGCUUGCAUUGGAGCAGAGGUAUCUUGGUACAAAGUGCAAAGCUUGCUGGAGAUAAUGUCAAAUGUAUUACGUCAUAGUAAGAUAACACCAUCCUCUUUACCAGUUGCAACAUGGCCACUUUGAAUACGUAUACCAGCCUGUGCUAGACAUUGCCUGUUGAGACGCAGUGGUAAGUAGUACGUUGGCAGGACAGAGAGAUCACAAUGAAGGUGGGUCAGACCGGCUUGGUAUCUUUUAUUUGUGGUUCCUCCAAGUGUGUUUCAACAGUACACCAGGGUUAUAAUUGAUUCAGAAAGCCUCCCUUUGUGUGUGUAUGGACAAGUAGUAUAAUUGUAUGUGCAAGACUUUGUUGAUGCUCACAAUUUGCUGAAUGAAACUUUUUUUUAAUGCUGUAGUGUAUUCUUAAGACAAUUUCAGUACAGGCUUUGUUUUGACUGGUUUAAAGGCUUAAAUAUUAAGUUGUGCAAUACCUCAGGGUUAUUGGGAGUACACCUCUUCAUAUCCCUUCUGCAUUAGUAUUAGAGUUUUCCACCUCACGUUUUUUUAUUACUCUCCACGUACUGCUGCGUCUUGCACAGAAAUUUUUUGACAUGUAUCUGGAUUGAAUAUCUGGUUGAAGUUGAGACAUUGAGUGAAGUAGCUGUAUGUUAAAGACUUGGAUCAAAACCCUGGUGUCCAUUCUGACUGUAUCAGGCCGACAAGACUGAUCACCUGCACUCACUUUGGGUGCUCUGGGUGCUGAGGUGCUGCUUCUCUGGGCAGCUGCAGCCACCUGUACAUUAUCACACAAUUCUGGUUGUCACUCAGCUCUGUAGUCAAGUGUAUAAUUCAUCAGUGACGUAAGUGUUUUGGAGCCUAGGAUCAUCUGUGUCAGGUGUGUGUGUGACUUUAGCAUCCAUGUAAGAGAAGUGUUCUUGCCGCAGGAGACUUGUGGACAGAUAUGUUUAGGAUCUUUUUUAAUUAGGGAUGACAUAGCUACAUGUGCUGUAUUUUUAUUAUUAAUUCCUCAGUGUGGGCUUCAGGAUGUAUCUGAACUUUUGGAAGUUCUUGCCCAACAAGAAAAAUGUACGAACGAUUGCUAAUAAAUUAAGAAGGUAAAA